AGAAAUCGAGAAAAAAAGAUCGACGAAAGUUUUAAUAAUAUUUGUCAGAAAUAUAAUUUAAGAAAUAAAUCAUCGUAUAAAUCCAAAUACGAUAGCACAGUUUCUUUUAAUAACAGUUUGGAAGAAUUUGACUAUAGUAGUUUUAACGAGCUUGAAUUAAAUGCACCUUCGAUUGAAAAUUUCGAUGAUAUUUUUGUUCAUUAUGAUCAAAUGAUUGAAUAUAUUUAUAAGGGCGAAAAGAAAUUAGAAAAAAUGUUGGAAGAAUUUCAAUUGAAAUUGUCUGAUAAUAUUGAAGUCACAUCUUGUGACAUAGUAGCACUCAAAAGUGACGACUGUAAAUUAAUGAAAUCAAAUCCUUCCAAAUUUCUAUAUAAACAUAAAAAAGAUGAAGAAUCAACGUUAUCUUUAUCGGACGAUACGAUGAUAGUUCUACCCAAAAGAGAUAAAUUACAAAUAAAUUCGUGUAUUGCAAACGAUCAUUCGUCUCUGACGAAUCAAUUUCGUAAUUUGAAAAAACGAGAUACUUCAAUAGUUUUUACAUAUCCAUUAGAACAAAAACAAAAUGAUCUAUUGAUUAAUACAAUUUUGACUCUGAACAAAUCUAAUUUAUCAUCCGUCGAUUUGAACGUAGAAAAUAGUUCCGACGAGAGAAAAGCAUUAGAAAUAUUUUCUAAUAACGACAAAGUUAUCGCUUGCGUUCCUCUUACGACGAAUUAUUCGUCCAAUCAUUCUAAUGAUCCGGAAGAUUUGAGAAAGGACGAUGAACCUAAUCGAACAUUAUUCAAUAACGACGAAAUAAUUCUUUCUAGAAUUUCGAAAUUCUUAUUGGAACGUCAAGAUCAAUUUGUUGAUCAUUUAUCUUCAGAGAGGAAGAUUAAUUUCGACAGUUCAAUGGUGCAAGAUUUAAUGAAACAUUUACAAAUGAUUUCCAAUAAAUACAAUCAAGAUAUUCCAACUAUUUUACAAACAUUUAUUACCGAUCUCACGAACCAACGAGAACCUGAUUUAUUUUUGAACUUUUUAUCGAUACAAAAACACGAUUAUGAAAACGAACAAAUAUCUUCAUCUAAAACAGUCGUGCGAAAUAACGAAUGUAAAAUACAGAUAGAUGAUAUCUCUAAUACAAAUUGUUUCGAUAAUACAGAAUACAUUCCGAUACAACAUCAAGAUAAAUCCAUUGAAAUUCAUCCGUUAAAUUCUAUUAUAAUCGAAGAUACCAAAUGUUUAAUCAAUGAAAUAAAUCAAAAAGAAGUUCAAGUAGUAGAAAAAAGUACUCAAUACGAUAUUUCACUCGAACAAAAUACUCUUGAAUGUGAGAAUCAAAUUAUUGAAGAUAUUCGCACAAAUAAAGAAAAUAAAGAACAAUUAUCGGAAAAGAAAACUGAAAUAGAAGAAUAUUCUUUAACACAGAAUGAAGAAAAUUAUUCAAAUAGUACGAAAAUAGAUUCGAUUGCAAAUGAUGAUACCUACAAGAGAGAUGUGAGUUCUGAAAUAAAUACAGUGACUCCUGAUUUGCAUUUACCUGAAAAAAUAAAUAAUAAGUUAUCGGACGGUGAAGAUAGCAGUAACACGUCCAACGCAAAUACUGAAAAUAUACCUGAUACUAAUUUUGCUACGACUUCGUCAGAAACAUCUCACUCGGAAGGAGAAUUGUAUUUGCCGAGUUCGUGCUCGUAUUCUCUCGGAGAAAUUAGAGUUACGAAAAAUUCAGCAUCUGUAUGCAAUCGUGCACUUGUUAGUAAUAGUACAUUAACUUGCGUAUACGAUACCACAAGUUUAUUACAUUACAGUUCGGGUGAAGUAAUACAAUAUACGGACAGCACCGAUACUCUCUAAAAUACAAAUACAAAUUGAUGGCGAUGAUCAAUUUUUGUAUAUUUUAUUCAUAAAAAAUAUAUGUACAUACAUGUAAAUAAACGAUUCUUAAAGGAUAAAUUAUUAUCAUGAUAAUAUAGCAAAUGUUAUCAGAGAUAUUUGAAGAUUAUUAUCACCUUGUAGAGACGUCCACCUGAUUAUAAGUAAAAAAGGAACAUACGAAUGACCGUGUCAAUUUCUAAACUAUUUUAAAUAACAAUUUUUAAAUUGAAAAGUAAAAAGAGAAUUUUAUAAACGAUAUAUAUAUAU